UUGUUUUCCAAUUGGUUCGAUUUUCAGAAGGUGCUGCGCUCGAACGAGACGAAUACUUCUGGGCUCAGUUAUCCGGAGAGCACGUUUUACGACACCCCGUUAUUUAUCGGCAUGCACUUCCACGAUGCGCGUGUGACGCCUGGUACAAAUAGGCUCGAAGCGAGAUCUGCAAUUUUGUGGUAUUUUUCACGGGUAGACACUCCUGAGAGGAAACAAACCUACAAGGAAACCACGUUGAAUCUGUUCCGAGUCAGUAACGACGGUUCAUUUUCUGAUCUCAUUGAUGUUCAUUUAUUUGGCGAUGAAAUCGCAAACUCGGAAAUGGUUCGCGGAGCUAUUGAGGCAACUUUUCUUAUGACAAUCGGUUUCCUGUUCCUACUGAUUUUUGUUAUUAUUGUGGUAUGGAGACAGGUUACACUUCGCGUCACUCCAUUUCUCGUGGCUUCCACCCUGGUAACGCCAUUUCUGGCUACAGUUGCCGCCUUCGGACUGUUAUCCUGGCUGAAAUACCCGAUAUACUCGAUGCAAUGUGUCACUCCUUUCCUGGUGCUGGGAAUCGGAGUUGACGACGCUUUCAUACUCAUCCACCGUUGGAGGCAUCGCUCAGAUGUUGCAGACCACUCCACACGGCUAACAAAGGUGAUUGUCGACGUCGGUCCCUCAAUCACUAUCACAUCCUUAACUAACAUUAUAGCAUUUGGCGUUGGAUUCUUCACUCCAACACCUCAGAUGUCGUUGUUCUGCUUGGCGACGUCAGUGGCACUGUUAUUCGACUAUAUAGUCACAUACACGAUUUUGGCGCCGGUAGUGUACCUGUGCAGCGAGAAGAACGAUUACCAAACCGGCACUACCUUCAAAGCCGUCGCCGAACGACUUCAUUGGCAGGCAAUCGGCGUCUACAAGAUGAGGCCGACUUUUGAGCCAGCAAAAGCCUUCCCGUCAGAUUCGCCACUCGUGAGAAGCCUCAAAUCUAUCAGGCCAAUAUUUGAUACGUAUUUUCCUGUGACUAUUUACGUCAAUCAUCCGCCGAAUAUAUCCGAUGAGGAGCAGCAUGCGAGUUUCUAUAGAAUGGUGUCACAGUUGGAGCAAGUGAAAGGAGCGUACGGCAAAGAGCGGACGAUGCUGUUCUUGAACGUCUAUGAGAAGUUUGACAAAAAGGUGACAGAAAUGACAAGGUCGCUAUUUUUGGCCCCUGAAAUGGACUACAAACCCAGUCUGCACAAUUUGCAGUACUGGCUCGAUAAGGUAGGAAAUCCACCGUCAAUAAAAUACGUGAAAUCCAACUAUACUGGCGGUGAGGGCUAUCUGAAGGCGUUCUCGUUUGUCAUACUCGGCAAAGGAAUGGCGGAAUGGGCGAACAGAGCGCACUUCGUACACGACAUCCGCCAAGUGCUCUCGGAGCAUCCGCGAUGGAACGCAUCAUUAUUUGACGGCGACUCCGCUGUUCUUGGACUUAUUCUUACGGUGGGUCAUGAUCUGAUUGGAUCGAUAGCAGCUACGGUAGCAUGUAUGGCUGGAAUCUGUCUCCUAUUCGUGAACAGUCGCUUGGGUUUGGUCGGUUUAUUGUCAUGGUGGGGAGCGGAUCUCGAUCCGGUGACACAAGUGGACGUUCUGCUUGCUACUGGAUUCAGUGUGGACUACACCGCCCAUGUUGCCUACCAGUUCUACCGAUCUCAUGGCUCAGCGCAGGAGCGACUUACGAAUAGUUUGCGCGAAAUGGCAGCGCCCAUGGUGCAGGCUGGCCUAUCCACGUUCCUGUGUAUGCUGCCACUAAUUUUCGUGCCCACAUACGCAAUCAACGCUUUUGCAAAGACAAUCUUCAUCGUUGUGGGCAUAGGUAAGUUGAUAUUUGUGCAUGCAAGCAAAAAUGAUCAGUGCAGCCGCAUAUCCCGGUCUUAUACAUGGAUUAUUCGUCCUACCGGUGCUCCUGUCCCUUUCAGUACGAUCAGCACCACCUCCGUCUCCACUACCGCUCAAAUCCGAACAUCUCAUUGA